GGUUAGCUCCUGUCACGGGUUCCUGCUGCUUUUUUUUCAGUGUUUUGCAAUAUUUCUAUCUGGGCAUCUUUAGGAUAUUACCUUCGGGGGUUGUGACGGCACAAAGAGGGAGUUCACAGCAAAACUCCUAAAUGAGAAAUAGAAAGUGCCACCGAGCUGGCGCAAUGUUUGACAGCUGUCCGCCUAUCUAGGUCCAGUGCCAUAGUGCGGAGAGGACGAGGCGGCUCCGGCGAACGCCGAACUGACUGACUGACUGGUCGAUGAUGGACAUCGAAGCGGUACUUUCUGUCGCGUUUUUCCUAUGAUGUGCAGAGAGCAACACGGCCCAGCAUUUUCCCACCCUACGGCAACCUCUGCUCUGAAGUGCAGCCAACAUUCCGGCUUGUAAAACUGUCGCUGUCCUCCCCAAACUCCUCAACUCUGCACCCACCCAGGCAAGCACGGCUCCCGGGACCCACUUCAUGAAAGAGCGAGUGAGAAAGAGGGGCAUGGAUCAGAUGAAAGUCAAAGACCGAAUCCUGGAAAACAUCUCUCUGUCCGUAAAGAAAUUGCAGAGCUAUUUUGCUGCUUGUGAAGAUGAGACUCCAGCAAUCAGGAAUCACGACCGAGUGCUGCAGCGGUUAUGUGAGCACCUGGACCAUGCAUUGCUCUAUGGACUUCAGGACAUCUCAUCAGGAUACUGGGUGCUGGUUGUGCAUUUCACACGUCGAGAGGCCAUUCGGCAAAUUGAAGAGCUUCACCACAUCGCCACCAAUAUGGGAAGGAGUAGAGCAUGGCUUUACCUAGCAUUGAGUGAGAGUUCACUAGAGAGCUACCUGAGGCUUUUCCAGGAGAACCAGGGUCUGCUACACAAGUACUAUUUCAAAAACGCAUUGGUCUGCAGUCACGACCACCUGACAUUAUUCCUGACGCUGGUCUCUGGAUUGGAGUUCAUCCGCUUCAACCUAGACUUGGAUGCCCCCUAUUUGGACUUGGCACCUUACAUGCCUGACUACUACAAACCCCAGAACCUCUUGGAUUUUGAGGACCGCCUGCCAAGCUCUGACAGCCUUUCCCUGAAUUCUCUGAAUUCCAUCACCUCCACCAACUUGGAGUGGGAUGACAGUGCCAUCGCUCCAUCUAGUGAAGAUUAUGAUUUCGGCGAUGUGUUACCUGUGUUGCAGUCCAUGCCCAGUGCAGACUGGGAAGAAGGAGACCUUACAGAUCCUGUUAGCUGCCCGCGCUCUACUGUGUGUGAACCUCCAUCCUUGAGAUCAAACACUCGGAGCCCAACCUCACGGUACAAUCCCUUCAAUGAAGAUUCUGAUACAGCUACCUCUGCUGAUGUGACACCAGUGCAUAGUGCAUCCCGUGAUCGCAGUGAUACAGCUGGGGAAGAUACAGAGAGCACGGGCACAGAGCUUGAGGUCAUUAGAUUAGCCCGACGGAGAAAAACCGGGAAGAAGAAGCAACGCACAAAGUCUGGACUGGAGACGGCUAAUGAAUGUGAUGUUAGUCUUGCAAAUGAGGAAACCCAAGACAAAACCGAGUCUAGUGAGCAGGUUCUCACUGAGUGGGAUAAUGUAGAUGAUUCACGUGCUCCGUCACUGGAGGAGGAGGAGGGUGGCGAGGGGCUACGCCUGCCUGAGAUGGCCGACACUUCGAUGGAUAGUGUGGGACAGCCACUCCGUGAGGUCAUAGACCAGCUUGAUGUGGCACUGGACACUAACCGCUGGAGGAGCCUGGACAGUUCUAAUCUGCAGCAGUCCUUUCGAAACAACAAUGAGGGGGAACCACCAGACCCUCCUUUGCCAACCUUGGAACAGGCCCUCCACCAGGCUAUCUCACCAAAUGACUUCUACCGCUUUACCCCCGAGAGUCCAGGCACUGUUGCCACAAGUGGUGGCUACAAUGACCCUGCAAGGGAUGGCCUGUCGGCGGAUGUUUCUAGUAGCAAUGAAGGUGAGGGAGCGCGAACGACGCAGACGGGAGAGGGCUCCGAACCCCUAGACAAUCGAGUCACACGUGUUCGAGUUGGGGAGAUUGAAAGGAACAACUGUCUUGAAUCCAUGUGUGAGCAGCUUGACUCGGCAGAUCAAGAUCAAGAUGUAGAGUCUUUUGAAACAGAGGAGGAAACUACAGGUAGUCCUGCAGAAAUCACACAUCCAGCAGAAUUUGGAGUGGAUAACAAUCACCUUCUGCUGCUGAUGAUCCAUGUGUUUCGGGAAAGUGAGGAGCAGCUGUUCAAGAUGGUCAAGAUGAGCACUGGGCACAUGGAAGGAAAUUUGCAGCCUCUCUAUUUGCUCUUCACUGACUGCUAUAUCUACCUGCUGCGGAAAGGUGCUGCUGAGAAGCCAUACACAAUAGAAGAAGCGGUAUCCUAUAAUGAGCUUGACUAUAUCUCGGUUGGACUGGACCAGCAAACUGUCACGCUUGUUUGUACAAAUCGACGGAGACAGUUCCUGCUUGAUACGGCCGAUGGGUCAUUGACAGAGUGGCUACUUGGUGCUCUUCAGUCUGCAAUGGUUAAAGGAUGCCGAGAGCCACCAUACCCCUCUGUCCUUACAGAUGCCACCAUGGAGAGACUGGCUUUGAUGAAAUUUGUGGCACAAGAAUCUCACUGUGAGGUUGCUGAGGUUUCAAUACAGCUGUAUGCUUUGGUACACUGGGAGGACCCACACGAUGUCACUUUAGGUCCACAGCGAGACCUGUACACAAAUGUAGAGAGCAACAUCAGCAAGGAGGGAGUCUUGUACUACAGGGCAGGGACGUCUUACCUGGGCAAGGAGAUCUGGAAAUCCUGUUACCUUGUGCUCAGCAGUAAUGGAAUUCUGUACCAGUAUCCGGACAGGACUGAUGUGAUACCUCUGCUCUCCAUUAAUAUGGGUGGUGAGCAGUGUGGUGGAUGCCGGCGCUCAAAUACCACCGAGCGGCCACAUUCCUUUCAAGUGAUCCUUACAGACCGGCCGGCACUGGAGCUCAGUGCAGACAAUGAAGAGGACAUGGCAGGGUGGAUGCAGCACCUCUGCCAGUCUGUAUCGAAAGGGAUCAUUCCCCAAGGUGUUACACCCACUCCUUGCAUCCCCUGCUGCCUCGUGCAGACAGACAAAAAACUCUUCACCUGCCACGAAGACUGCCAGACCAGCUUUUUCCGAUUCUUAGGAGGUGCUGAUCUGACAGACGUCAAAGCCAUUUGCACAGAGCCCAACAAAGAAUACUGCAUAAUUGAGUUUGCCGAGGACAGAAAGCAGCAGUUCUUGCCCCCAUGGGUCUUAUAUUUCAGUUGCACAGCAGAGUUGGACCGGUUUCUCUUUACUCUGGAAACAGCAUGGCAGCAGAUUUUUCAGGUUGCAUUGCCACGCCGCAUUGUCAUGGACACAAUGCUCCAAAAGAAGUGCCAGGAUGCCCUUUGUCUGAUACGAAGUGCGUGGCAGAGAAGUGACAGUCUAUGGCGUGGCCGAGCCGAGCGAGACCCCUGGUGCUGAGAUCAGAUGCCUUGGCCUUCCCGGGCAUGGUACACACACAUUAACAGAAUGAGAAACUCUACGACUUUAGAGCUAUGGAUGCAGAGCAUCCUCCUGCAUUUCUGCCCUCCUGCACUUUUAUCUCCAUACCUUCAGUGGUGUAAGUUUACACAAUGUAUGAGACGUGUAGCAAAUGGCAGGAAGAAUGUAAAGGAGGCAAAAGAACAUUUCCUGAUUCUGAUUUUGUUUUGUUUUUGGGACUUUGGGAUGCUUCCAAGUGUAAGGCCCAUAUACAGGGUCCUUGUCCCAGUUUCUAUUUCGCUUGUGCUGCUAAAUGUUUUUGCCUUCGUUGUUUAACAUCGAGCUGAAUUUCUGCUGCCAGCUGAAUAUAAAUGAAGUGCACUGGAGAUGGGCACGGUGACUGUGCGUCCUAAUGGAGUUUUGCGUGAAGUGUUGAGCAGGAGCAGGCAUUCGGCGCCUCCUCUGAGCAACACACCACUCCACACUACUUGUCCUUACCUCAUAAAGCAUCGAGACUAACCAAGACGUUUGUGCCCUAACCCCCUUUCCACUUAGGAGAGUGGCUGCCAGUGAACACUGGACUGUUUAACGUUUCACUUUGGCUACCUGGAGGUCAUUUACAAUGCACAACAGCAUGGUCUUUUUGUAGGUCUGGCCAGUGAUGCAGAUAUCUAAAGCAUUAAACACACAAAAAAAAAAAAUUUUUGCUCCCCUGUCAGAGUUUAUUUUGCAGCUGAGUCUUUACUAAAUAAACUGUCGCAACAGAUAGCAUGGAACUUCUUGUGGCGUGAUAUGCAGAAUUUGAAGAAGAACGUCUGUUAAUAGCUGCUCUGCAUCAGUGCACUUGUGCGGAUGUGGCUGGGCCGGAGAUCGGGGACUUUGAAUUGAACAGGUACAGCGGAUUGCAGGUACUUUUUGCACAUUGAAUGUUACAAUCAGUCGUUUUUGUGUCCACCCAUCACUGAAUGGUUGUAAUGACACCAAAGUUAACCUCUCUGAGGCUUAAAAGUAAUAGAAUGUGACAGAUAUGAAGCAACUCUAAACUGUUCAAUUGAAUGAACUGUAAGACGAUUUCAUUGUCCCAGGCAAUCAUUGAGGACUGGGAAUACCAAUGGAAAAUACUGUAAAAUGGCAGCUUUUGCUAUUGAAAUGGCGGUCCUGGUGAAAUUCACUGAUGGGAUUUACAGAUCAAAAGUAUUGGCACCCUUCCACUAUUUUAAAAGAGGAACCACUAAUUUCCUUGAAAUAAGUUGAAAUUGACAAAAAUAAUGGGCAUCCACUAUUCUUUAUUACAUAGAGCAGACUCGGCUUUUGAUUUAGUUCGUACUUAUUUACGGACAACUUAUUUUAACAAGUUAGGCAAUGUGUGCAUGGGGUGGUGUUUGGUGACUAAGUUAACUGAUCUGGCAACUGGAGCAUUUCACACUUUUAUUCACUUCUUCAAUUAUUACAUUUUUGUUAAUUAAAUAGUUUUGCAACAAUAUAAGAGUAAUAUUCCAAAGUAAUAUCGACCUGCGGCCCUCCAGGACCAAAGUUGCCCACCCCUGACCUAGAAGGUCUUUGAGAAGUGGUGUCUUUUACCACGUUGCCUACUUUCACUCAGACGAUGACAGAUGGCACGAUUUCAAACCAUUGUGCCUUGAUCUUGGAGGUCAGCCCGAGUCUAUCUUGAUGUUUUCCUUGAUUCUUUUCUCCACCAUUCAAACUAUCCAUCUGCUCAAUCUGGUGUCAAGUUUGCCCUUAGCAGCCAUGUUCAGGGAGGUCGGCUGUAGUCCCAAGGACCUUAGACGUCUUGGUACCAUCAGCUGCCGUGGUCACACUAACAUGAAGCUCUUUGGAGAUGGCUGUGAAGCUUUUACCUCGUCCGUUACUUUCUUCCUUUCCUCCUCAGGCCACUGUUUGCUUUUCCUUCUCUUAUCCAAGUUCAGUGUGAGGCCCACAAUGACACAACCGAGUGAUGGUUAAGACUGACCACACUUGUGAUACAAAUCUGAGCAAUUAGUCUGCUUGAGCUGUCACUCCAAUCUGAUUAUGUCUUUUAACUUCUGAGUGGUCUUAAUAAUUUUGCACAUGUCAUUUUAAUUUUGUUGAAAUAUCAUAUUAAGUCCUAAAUCAAAAGCAGUGUCUUCUCUAUGAAAUCUGGAAUAAUGAAUGGUGGAUGCUAAUUACUUUUAUCAGUUUCAGCUUAUUGCAUAGAAAAUUGUGAUUCUUUUUUAAAUAGUGGAAGGGUACAAAUACUUGAAGCUGCUUCUGUACCAAUAAAGCCUUUGUGAUUUUUUUUAAGCAAGGAUUUCAAAGUGACUGACAAGUGAUUGACUCUCAAUUCUAUAAUUUGAGAUGCUGAUAUUUUGGUUGUUUCACUGUAUUACUAAAGGAUGGCUGCUUGGCUGAGGUUGCUAGAUGUGUACUUCUCAAUAUCUCCUAUAUAUAUAUAUAUAUAUAUAUAUAUAUAUAUAUAUAUAUAUAUAUAUCUCACCUAAAGCACUGACAGUUAAUGUAAAGUGGAUCCAGCAUUCAUUAACAAGGUAAUGGAUAUUUUAAAUCCUUAAUGAUCAGAUCUAGUGUACGGUUAAGCUUCACACUGUAUUUUGCCAAAGUAUUCCUAAAAAUGACUUUGCUGGUGUACUCAUGCUAGUAAGGUGUCCAUUUUAUGGCAUUGUUUACAUCAAACAACAUUAUCAGUUUAUUAAGUACUAGCUGUCCCCCGUGUAGUUGUGAAAUAAGACAAACUUUAAAAAUCAAUAAACAGGUAUCGCUAGCUAAGUGGAGACAAGAUACGCUCCAAAACGUGGCCAGAGGUGGAGCGACUCAAACAGAGGCUGGCGAGUGAUUGAGUGAGGAGGGUCCUGCCUGACCUCCCGCUUCCCCUUACCCUCGGCCCGCAGCCUCUCUCUCGGAUUAGCGCAAAUAAAUCACUCCUACAAGCGAAUUGUGAUACUUAGCGCGAAGACAGAAGCAAAUUAUACAAAAAAAAAA